AUGAGGCAUGCGCAUCGAACCAGGGAGGGCAGUGAUGGGGACACCGGACAAGCAUCGCAGCUGGUGCAGGGCAGCGGUGAUGAAGCACACUCAUCGGACCAGGAGGAGGGCAAGGGCCACGAGGCUUCUGGUGCUGAGGAGCAAGCGGUUGCAGCAGGGGAUGAUGAGGAUUUUCUUUAUUGCAGCCCAAAGUGGCAGCAUGCGCUUGGCUUGAGCUUCGCGAUGGGCGAACACACCAAAAUCAACCCUGGACCGUUCAUCGAGUUCCUAAACAAUGUGUGCCCAGCGAUUCUGGGAGCUCCGAAGGAUGAGAUCUCGAGACAUUUCGCCAGCUUGGAGAUGAUGAACAAGGUGCGCCACUUCAUCUAUGAUGACCAAGACACUACCUUUUUCAUUGCUCGCGAGCUGGUUGACCGAGAAGACAAAAAGGAAGAUGGCAAGAGUUCUGAGGAUAAGGAAUAUACCAUCCUCACUGAGAACGAAGUUGUCUUUCGUAGACAAGCGUGUGCCGUGGCUUUGCUGAAACGGAGCCCUGCGACCUUUCGAGCGGCCUAUGAAGGCACCUUGGAAGAAGGUGCCGUUCCUUCCAACGGCAACUUUGCGUCGCACCUCCAGUUACUGACCAUGGGAGCCGAGUCCGAGUGGUCUCCCUUCGAGCUUGUCCACCUCUAUCUUCAGAACGGCUUUGCUCCGCUGUUUAAUGCGGUUGCCAAGCAGUCAGAAAGCGCCAACAAGACGGGUGCUGGCGAUGAUGACCGUGAGGAACUCAAGGUCGGCGUCCCGAAUGUGAUGCGCAAGAUCAUGGACCUGAGUAUGGCGCUAAUGCAGUGCCAGCAGAACGUUGAUAUCGAAAACAUUUCUCUUCCAAUAGAUCCAGAGAUCGCGGAGGCCUUCGAGAAGGCGAAGUCAGAAGGAAGGCAGCUAAGCACUGACGACUUUAAGGAACGUAUGAACGACUCGACCUUCCAGAAUCAACUGCAAAGCGGUGUUAACAAGUGGAGCAAGGAAAUUCAACGGGUUGCGAAGAUGCAGCGAGAUUCAUCGACGGGCAGCACGAUGCAAGAGAUUAAUUUUUGGCUCGGCAUGGAGAAAGUCCUCAAUGAUGCUCAGCAACAGCUGCAGACGCCGGAGAUCCAGCUGACUCUGAACCUCUUGCGGGGCGCGCGGCGCUUCCUGGCCACCAUGUCCUUCGAGGCGGACACGGGGCUGAAGCCGGCCAUCGAGAAGGUGUCGAAUUACCUCAGCUUGCUCCGGGACUUCCCUAUCAACGAGCUACUCGUGGCAUCCUCGAUUGAGCAACUGACACAGGCCGUGCGGACCAUCUUCAACCAUUUGAAGAGAAUCCGAAACGCAAAUCAGUACCCUCUCUGGAGGGCCUACAAUCUUGUCGAAGCUGUCAGCCGGGAUCUUUCAGAUCGCCUGCUGAAGAUCUUGUCAACUCAGCGGCUCAUGCAGCAGGAUGCAGAGAUGUUCAGCCAGAACAUGUCCAACUGCCAAGAGCUCUUCCGCGUGUGGAAGGAUGAGGUGGGGCAAUUUCGGCAGCUGGUCAGGGAGCAGCUGAAGAAGCGCGGCAACGAGCGGCCGACAGUGAAGAUCAAUUGUGAGCAUGAGCAGCUCCAGGCACGUAUCGAGGAGCUCCAGAAGUUCCGGAGGCAUCACAUGAAGCUUCAAGAGAUCAUCGAGCGGGUGCUCGUGGACGGCAAGGAGACCGGUGCCAAGGCAGAAGUUGCUGCUGCCUACCAGCUCGUCGAGCAGGUGGAUGUUCUGGAUGUGAGCCGCAGGGGUCAGCAGGAGUGGGAGAGCACUCAGCGUCGCUACGACGAGCGUGGUAUCGACCAUGCAGAGAGUGAGAUCACUGCAAGGCUUCGCGACAAGCUUGGAGCUGCCAAGACUGCGACGGAAAUGUUCCGCGUCUUUAGCCGGUUCAAUGCGCUCUUUGUUCGUCCACGGAUUCGAAGGGCCAUUCAGGAGUACCAGUCUUCUUUGAUCCAACAGGUGAAGGAGGACGUGCAUCGCCUGCAGGAGAAGUUCAAGGAGACCUACGAGGGCACCCAGGCUUGCAAGCUCACGGCGAUCCGUGGAUUACCCCCCACGGCCGGGCUCAUCGUUUGGGCCAGGCAGCUCGAGCGGCGCCUGGCCAUUUACAUGAGCCGCGUCGAGGAUGUGCUCGGCAAAGGAUGGGAAAACCAUGUGGAUGGGAAGAAUCUGAAGCAGGAGGGCGAUGCUUUCGCCAGAAAGAUGAAGACGAGCCACAUAUUUGAUGAGUGGCUGGCUGACACAAAGGACUCCAAGAAGUUUGAUGUGAGCAUGCGAAUCUUCGACAUCCAGCAGGGCUAUCAGACCUACCUGCUAUUGGUCAACUUCGAUGAGCAGAUCAUCACUCUCUUCAAGGAGGUGCGGAAUUUGCAAGCUCUGGGCGAUUACCGUGUCCCAUAUGCGAUCAAGGUGAAUUCUGACGAAGCCAAGCAGAACUAUCCCUUUGCUAUGACAUUGCAAGAGGCCGCACGGACGUACAUGCAGACUUGUGCGCAGAUCAAAGCCGACCAUCAACCACUGAUGGCCUCGUUUCAGAAGGGCGUACAGGACUUGAUAGCCGACGGUCUCCAUCUCAAGUGGGAUGAUCAGAAGAUCGAGAGCUACACCCAAAAGCUUUCUGAGACUGUCUUCCAGUUUCAACAGAAGUUCACGGAGCUCGAGUCGAUGGCGGAGCAGAUGUCCCGCACGAUUGAGAGCUUGGACGACGUGAAUGUGAGGCAAGAAAGCAGUGCCCAAGAGAUGCUUUUGGCCAAGUUCGAGAAAAUGCAGAAGACUGUUGAUGACAUGAACUUGGCGAGCUUCUCCAACAUGGACGCUUGGGUGCAAGGCCUGAACAAACAGAUCGAACAGAGGCUUGUUAAGCUCCUGGCGGCGACUAGCGCUCAGUGGCUGCAGGAAUUCAAGAGAUGGCCAUUGAACGGCAACAACUUGAUUCAGGAAUCCGCGGUGCAACUUGCAGUGCUGGAGCUUCACAUGCAGACAUCCCCCUCGGGAGUACGCUUGGUUCUGGAGCCUCAGAAGGAGUUUGCGAUGACGCACUGGGUGAAGCAUUACCACGACUGUUUGGGGAUGGUGUGCAACCUGCCUUUGCUCCAAGCAGCCCGCUUCGAUGCUCUUAAGCGCGGGGCAAAGGAGUCUGCUGCAACGCACCGGGGUCUCAUCGUGCAGCUCCAAGCACUCUUGGACCACAAGACCCUUAUCGAGGUCUACGAUCAUGUCAGCAGCACUGUGGAGGACAUGCAGGAGUAUGUCUCAAGCUGGAUGCAGUACCAGUCGCUUUGGGAGAUCAACACCAGUGCGGCCCGGGGUCUCUGA